CCUGGCCACCUUGCACACGCCCCUUGGGCUGCUGCCCCACAAUGGCCAGUCUGCUCCGGGCUGCUGGGAACCCCAGGGGGCUGUUCCCCUGGAGGGGCUACUGCUCCAGGGGGACGCAGGGCGAGCUCAGCAAAGGCUUUGUGGAGGCUCUGAAGGCAGUUGUGGGGAGCCCUCAUGUGUCCACUACUGCUGCUGACCGAGAGCAGCACGGGCACGAUGAGUCCAUGCACAGGUGCCGACCUCCAGGCGCUGUGGUGUGGCCCCAGAAUGUGGAACAGGUCAGCCGGCUGGCCGCCCUGUGCUACAGCCAAGGAGUGCCCAUCGUCCCAUUUGGCACGGGCACGGGGCUUGAGGGUGGAGUCUGUGCCAUGCAGGGCGGCGUCUGCAUCAACCUGACACACAUGGACCGGAUCCUGAGGGUAAACCCACAGGACUUCUCUGUGGUGGUGGAGCCUGGCGUCACCCGCAAAACGCUCAACACCUACCUGCGGGACAGUGGCCUCUGGUUUCCUGUGGACCCGGGCGCGGACGCCUCCCUCGGGGGCAUGGUGGCCACCGCGGCCUCCGGCACCAACGCUCUGCGGUAUGGCACGAUGAGGGACAACGUGCUGAACCUGGAGGUGGUGCUGCCCGGGGGCCAGCUGCUUCACACCGCGGGCCUGGGCCGGCACUUCCGGAAGAGUGCAGCCGGCUACAACCUCACAGGGCUCUUCGUGGGCUCUGAGGGGACACUGGGACUCAUCACGGCUGCCACCCUGCGCCUGCACCCCGCCCCUGAGGCCACGGUGGCCGCCACCUGCGCAUUUCCCAGUGUCCAGGCUGCUGUGGAUGCCACGGUUCACAUCCUCCAGGCUGCAGUGCCCGUGGCCCGCAUUGAGUUUCUGGAUGAAGUCAUGAUGGAGGCCUGCAACAGGCACAGCCAGCUGAACUCCUUCGUGGCACCCACACUCUUCCUUGAGUUCCACGGGUCUGAGCGGGCACUGGCCGAGCAGAUAGAGCGGACAGAGGAGAUCACCCAGCACAACGGAGCCUCCCACUUCUCCUGGGCCAAGGGGGCCCAGGAGCGCAGCCGGCUCUGGGCGGCGCGGCACAACGCCUGGUAUGCCGCUCUGGCCCUGCGGCCGGGCUGCAAGGGCUAUUCCACCGACGUGUGUGUGCCCAUCUCCCGGCUGCCGGAGAUCCUGGUGCAGACCAAGGAGGACCUGAAGGCGUCAGGACUCACAGGGUGCAUUGUUGGACAUGUGGGCGAUGGCAAUUUCCAUUGCAUCCUGCUGGUGGACCCAGAGGACACUGAGGAGCUCCGCAGGGUCAAGGACUUUGGAAAACAGCUGGGCAGGCGGGCACUGGCACUCCACGGGACGUGUACUGGGGAACAUGGCAUUGGGCUGGGCAAGCGGCAGCUGCUACAGGAGGAGGUGGGCGCCGUGGGCAUGGAGAUCAUGCGGCAGCUGAAGGCCAUGCUGGAUCCCCGAGGCCUCAUGAACCCAGGCAAGGUGCUCUGAGGGUCUCCAAGUGCUUGGCCUACAAACCCCCAGACAGUGGAACCUCCUGUUCUGAAACCUUCCUUCUUGUCACAAAACAGUUCUGUCUUGGCCCAGAUCUGCAGGUGUCCUUGCUUGCCUUCCCCUUGGUCCAGCCCUCCCUGCUGCUGAGGACUGGGGGCAAGGCCUCAGGGACUCAGCUCCCUCAGCCCUACUCUACCUGUUUGGUGUGGUGACAGGAAUAGGCCUUUCCUGGUGUAGGUGUCCUUGGGCCCCUGAAAUAAACCAGAACCCCAUUUGCAACAGUUUGGAGAUGAGCAGACAGUACCUGUGAAUGGCCUCCUGUGCCUGUCCUCACCACCUCCUUCAGGUUCUCUAACCUUUGUCCUUGUCCCUUGUCCCUCCUCCCCUGUCUGUCCUCUGACUUCUCACAGUCUGGGAGGGAGGGAAUGGUGCUUAGGCCACAGAAAGUCACUUUCAGGGACCAAAGUCCCUGUCACAACUGCUGCUCAUGAGAACAGAGAGCCUGAGGAUUUGCCCAUGGCUGACGCCCCUCACAACCGGCCUCAACUGGGCCCGAGAACAUUCUGAACAUGUUCUUCAAAUGGCUGCUGCCAAUCAAUGGAAAAGGAAGUGAAAUUUUUGUCCUUGUAUUAUACUUCUCCAUGGUGUGAUGUAUUUUACUACUAGCUUUUCCCCAUUGAAGUCAGGAUCUGCCCUCCCCUGGGCCUGCCCAUGCCUUAGGAUCCCUGGCCAGACCACCUGGCCCUCAAACUUAUCAGUUGUUCCCAAGCCCACGAGAGGGCGCCCAACACCACAGCAUCUGUGCUGGGCAGCGGCACCCAGGACACCCCUCUGUCCAGGGCCUGUAACUCUGCCUUGGGUCCCCUCCCUACUUCCCCAAGGUUGAGAUGGGGUUGGCUUGGUGUCCUGGAAGUCGGUCUCUAAACUCCAUCCCAGGAGCCUAUCCUUCGGGCCCAUUUCCCGUGGCCCCUAAGCAAAGGUGCUAGCUCAGCAAAGCAGGAAGGCCUGCGGGACCCUCCCAUCUCCCCUCACUCCCAGAAACCUGUUGAACUCCUUCCCUGCCUCCACCUCGUGGGUCCCUCCCCGCCUCUCCCAUCAGCUGUCCAGGCCCUGGAUAGAGGCACCCUUCUGGGACUUCUCAGCCCAAGUUGGUCCUUGGAAGCCACUCGAACACUGGGAACUGAGCCCAGUUUGCUCCUCUGGGACGUCUCCACCCCCAGGCUGCAAGCAGUUGCUGGGCCAAGGGGUGAUGUGGAGGCAAGCCUCACUGGCUCUCCCCAAGUGACCAGCUCCAGGCACCAUCUAAGCAUCAGCAGCGCACAGCUCACUGGCCCCACCCCCACCCCAACUUGGCUGCCUCGCCCCCAGCUCAGGGGGAAAGUCUGCAAUGGAGGUGUCUCCCCUUACUGGGCACGGCUCUUCUUAGAUGAGCUGGAAGAACAAGCUCACUGUUCGCUGAAAUACCAGCCCCUGAAGAUUCAACUGACUAUUUCUGCC